UCCGGUAUCACGGCGCGGCCAAUGGGAGCGCGCACCGCCCCCGCCGCAGCCAAUGGGAGCGCUCACCGCGCCCCGCUCAGCCAAUGGGGGCGGGCCGUGCUGGCGGCGGGCUCGGGCUGCGCUGCGCGGUCGCGACCAUGCCCGAGUGCCCGGAGCUGCACCUGGCCGGGCGCUUCAUCAACGGGGCGUGCGGAGCGCUGGUGUUCGCGGGCGGCGUGGAACGCUCGGCCGUGGGCCGCGGCCCCGAGGUGCCCUUCCGCAGCGAGGCCUACAGAAUCUCGGCCGUCGCCCGGGGCAAGGAGCUGCGGCUGACGCUGAGCGCGCUGGACCCCGCCGCCGGCCCCCCCGCGCAGGACCUGGUGUUCCGCUUCGGCAUGUCGGGCUCGUUCCGGCUGUGCCCCGCCGCCGAGCUGCCCCGCCAUGCCCACCUGCGCUUCCUCACCCGUGAGAGCCCCCCGCGCGCCCUCUGCUUCGUCGACCCCCGGCGCUUCGGGUCCUGGCGCCUGGGGGACGCCUGGCAGCCGGAACGCGGGCCCUGCGUCGUCUCCGAGUACCAGGCCUUCAGGGAGAACGUGCUGAAGAACCUGGAUGACAGGGCUUUUGACAAGCCCAUGUGUGAGGUCCUCUUAAACCAGAAGUAUUUCAAUGGAAUUGGGAAUUACCUGCGUGCUGAGAUCCUGUACAGACGCUGGAAGUGGCAGGAGCAAGGCUUCAGGCUGCCGUGUAACUCUCUCAGGUUGAAGAUCCCUCCCUUUGAAAAAGCUCGGACCGUGCUGGAGGCCCUGAAGGAGCAGGAGCAGGAGAGGAGGAAGAAGGAUCCUUCCCUGACGCUGAGCAAGAAGGUGAAGCUGAGGCGAGAGAACGCAGAUCUCCUGGAGCUGUGCCACACCGUGCCCAUGGAGGUCAUCAUGGCAGAGAAGCAGCUCUUGGACCCCGAGCACACGGAUGAUUACUCCACCUUUAAGAACUGGCUGCAGUGUUACUUGGUGCCUGGCAUGAGCUCCCUGCGUGACCGCAGUGGCAGGACCAUAUGGUUCCAGGGAGAGCCUGGCCCCAUGGCUCCCAAAGGGCAGAGACCCCGCAAGACGCCCCGCAAGAAGAGCCCUCAGCUGAAGGCAGACCCCGAGGCGCCGAGCCCCAAGGUCACCCCGCGUGCCUCGAAACAGCGCCGCAGGGCUGCAGCAAACCCCCCGAAGUCAGAGGAGGAGGAGGAAGAGCAGGAAGAGCAGGCUGACAGGCCAAGGAAGGGACGUGCUCGCGGGAGGAGGGCAGUGACUGCUGCUCCAGCCUCGCCUGAGGAGCCUCAGAGUGUCAGAAGAAGCCGCCGGACGUCUGCUCGCAGGGGCCGAGGUGCAGCCCCUGCCGUGUGAGCGUCACCUGCUGCCACCUCCUGAGGGGCAUUCAAGGGGCCAAGAGGAGCUCAGGCAGGGCCUGGCCACAGACCAGGGUUAGUGCUAGUGAAAAUGGAGCUGCUCCCUACCUCUGCUCACACUUAUUUGCUACUGUGGCAUCCUGACAGUGUGGGAAGGAGAAGCUGAGCCUGGUGAUGGGGCUUUUUCCUGCUGUCCACAGGCAUUUCAGGGGAAGAAGGGCCAGGACAACAUGUUGUGCUGGACUCUGACUCUUCCCUGUCCCUCUUCCUUUUCUGGCUGCUGAUCCAAUCACUGUUUUUAGCUGACUAAUAAAGUAUUUUAUGUAGAAAUCA